GCCCUCCCGGACCUCUGCGUGCUGAGCGGCUGUGACUAUGUGGAUCCCAUUCCCCGAAUGGGGAUCAAGACCGCGGCGCGGCUGCUGCACCGCGGCGGGGGGAGCCUGGCCCGUGCGCUGCACCUCGCCAGGUCGACGUCCACGAUCGUGUCGCGGUCUUCGUCCCACGAGAUUACAGGGCUGCCAGGGGUGACCUGCGCCGUGUUGGUGGGCGCCCAGGUGAAGAAGUACGGCGUCGGCAUCGCGCAGGUGGUGCCAGAGGCCGUGGUUGUGAGCGAGCAGGGACAGAUCAUCGAUGCCGUGUACUACAACAACCUCAAGGCGCUGAAGGCAGCCAUCACUCACUCGGGGGACGAGCCGACGGGGGAGAGGUCGGGCAUCGACGAGUGCAUCUGGGUCACCUUUCAGAAGCUGCCCCAGCAUGUCAAGCUCAUCAUCUUUGUGGUGGCUGCCUACAACCGGGGGCAUCUCAAGGACGCCAAGAACGGGAAGAUCCACCUGCUGGAGGAGAGGAAGGAUAACGAGGUCGCAAGCUUUGCCAUGGAGGAGUGCGAGGCAGAGGUGGACGCGGUCUGCAUGAUGGUGCGGGAGUCCGACCGCUGGGUCCUCAGAGUCGUCGAGGAGCCUGCCUUGGAGGGCAGGCACUUUGUAGACAUCCUGGAGCCCACCCUGGGCAGCCUUAUUCGCAGAGAGAUCCCAGGGGCGCCAAAGAAGCAGAAGGUGGCCUUCGCUAUGGAGAAGGGCGAGGUGAUGGACCUCCAGACUUCCAGCAAGAUGGCCCUCGUCCGGGCGGGGCUUGGCUGGGACGUGGACCCUGGGGCGGGGGACGUGGACAUGGACGUCUCCGUGGUCCUGUUCGCCAAGGACGCAAGCGAGAUAGGAGCCGUCUUCUUCGGCAACCUCCAAGAGUUUGGCGUGGAGCACAGCGGAGACAACCUCACUGGGGAAGGAUCUGGUGAUGACGAGGUGAUUACCGUCAACUUAGAUCAGCUCCCCGCCCACUGCGACCAGAUAAUCUUCGUCGUGAAUAUUUAUUUAAUCGGCACGACCUUCGAUCGGGUGUCGAAUUCCUUCUGCCGCAUCAUGGACCAGGAGGGCUCUGAGCUCGCGAAGUACAUGCUCCGAGAGGGCCGUGGCGAGAGCGGGCUCGCCAUCGCCCGCCUGUUCCGGGAGCCGGGGGGCCGCUGGGGCUUCCAGGCCCUCGGCACGUUCUGCAGGGGGCGCACGUGGAAGGAUUCGGUGCCAGAGCUGAAGUCCAUCUGCCAGAGGGGUGCGAGGGACUUCCAGCUGAGGGGCCAGACGACCAUGACCCUCCAUGCUGGUCCGGCUGUAGAUACUAAUCAGGUUGUGCUGGCCGAGCCCGUGGCAGACGCGAAAGGCAGCUGCUGCGCGCUGCAGUGA